UGUGAAGGAGGGAGGAUUGUCCAACAAGAGUAAGACGGCGUUGAAAAGGGCGACAUUUUGGCUCAAAACUCGAGCCAGCGUCCUGCUGUGAUCCAUAGCGCCAGCGGAGCCAACAUGGCGCACUCGACCGCGCAGUUUCUCAACACCUGGCAGCGCCACUUGUGACGUUCGAGCAAAUCAGCUGACGAGGAAGGAAAGAGGGUGUAAGGUGAAUAAAAAAGAAAGAUCUAGACAUCUUUCUCAUCGUAUUAUUAAACCGUCAACAGCAACCUAUCUCUGAGAGCGAACACAGGCAGCGGCAUGGCAACCUCCGUCAGCACGCAGAGGGGUCAGGUGUACAUCGGAGAGCUGCCCGAGGAUUUCCUGCGGGUCACCCCCACGCAGCAGCAGCAACAGAUCCAGCUAGAUGCACAGGCAGCCCAGCAGCUCCAGUACGGAGCCGCCAUGGGAACAGUGGGCAGGCUGAGCAUCACCGUGGUGCAGGGCAAGCUGGCAAAGAACUACGGGAUGACGCGGAUGGACCCGUACUGCCGAGUCCGGCUGGGCUACGCGGUGUACGAGACACCCACGGCACACAACGGGGCCAAGAACCCACGCUGGAACAAGGUGAUCCAGUGCACCGUGCCACCAGGCGUCGACUCCUUCUACCUGGAGAUCUUCGAUGAGAGAGCCUUCUCCAUGGACGACAGGAUCGCCUGGACGCACAUCCCCAUUCCGGAGUCGCUGAAGGACGGGAAGGUGGUGGACGAGUGGUACAGUCUGAGCGGCCGCCAGGGAGACGACAAGGAGGGGAUGAUCAACCUCGUCAUGUCAUACACAUCUGUGCCAGCCAGCAUGGUGAUGCAGCCUCAGCCUGUAGUUCUGAUGCCCACCGUGUACCAGCAGGGAGUGGGAUAUGUUCCUAUCGCAGGAGUGCAAACAAUCUACAACCCUGGGAUGGUCCCAGCGGGGGUUCCUGCUCCAGUGGCCAAUUCACAGCCCCUCUACAACGAAGAGGACCUCAGAUCUCUCCAGGACAUGUUCCCUAAUUUGGAUAAAGAAGUGAUUCGCUCUGUCAUGGAGGCUCAGAUUGGCAACAAGGACGCUGCCAUUAACUCCUUGCUUCAGAUGACCGAAGAAUUAUAGAUCCAGGCGCUGUUUGUUUAUGAACUCGUGUGUGUGUGUGUGUGUGUGUGUGUGUGUGUGUGUGUAUUUAUAUAUAUAUAUAUAUAUAUAUAUAUAUAUAUAUAUAUAUAUAUAUAUAUAUAUAUAUAUAUAUGUAAACAUAUGUAUGAUGCACAUGUGUGUAAGACUUUAUGUUGUCCACAGUCCCAUGACGGUGGGGGAGGAGGGGCAUUGUAUGAUAAUGAGCAGUUUUCUGCAGGUGGAAUAUUUUAUCGAUUUAUUAGCCAUAAUUAAAUGAUAUAUAUUUUUGUGUUUAAUCGCUGCAUUUCUUUUCAUUCGCUUUCAGCAUUCUGUGAAGUGUCCAGAUGUGUGCAUAUUCAUUGAACUCUCUCACCAGUCGCCCCCAGAUUUAAUUGGAACUGGAUGGGCUUAGAAACAGUUUGAUUUGACAUGAGCACAGCAUUCAGCUAGUAUCAGCUAUCUCAGUGUCAUUGUAUCGUUCGGGUUAGUGAAGAAACACAAGCUGCACAUGUGGAUAGGCAGACAGACAUGCAUCCCUACAGAGACUCUACAUCUUCUCUAUAUCAGCAGUAUUGCCAAUUUCAGGGCUUUAUCCAGAGCAUUGUAAAUUCGUAUCUCGAUGGAUUCAGGAAAUCUUCUCAGUGAUUUGCGUCAAUGAAUUACCCAGCCUGCACUGUUGUUGUCGUUGUCAUUGUCAUCCUGAGGGCAUCAUUGCUAUAGUUUUAUUGGGGAACCCUGAGCUCCCUAGAGAUACGUUCAGUAAUACACGCUAGACUGUAAGACAUUGUGUAUUCUGGAGUCAUUCCUGACAUGACAUGAAACUGCUGAAACCAGUGUUGAAACUUUUAAGUAGUUUGGCUUAUAAAAGAGCUGGACUGGCCACUUGCAAUAUUAAACGAGUCCUGCGUAAAGAAUAUAGGCUUUGAUGCCAGGCUUACGUUUCCAGCUUCUACAGGAAAUGGUUGGGGUCAUCCCAGACCAAACUCGUUUGCCACUUUAUAUACUGUAAGAGCCAACACAUUACUGUUUUGUUUUUUUUAUAAAAUUUGACAUAAACAGACAAACAUCUUUGGGGGUCUUUUAGAGAACACAAAGUUUUAUAUAUAGCUAUGUUUUUAUUUCUUUUAGGACUGGGAGGAAUUCAGUGACAAAUGAGAUGCCUUCUGUUGACUCAAAGGACAGCACUAUGAGGAACACCUGUUGUCAUGUCUCUUCGGUGUACUUUAUAUAUAGUCUUGCUUUAGGCAAGUCAAAUAGAAAUUUCUUUAAAAAAAAAAAAGAAGUUUGGGGAUCUGCAAAAAAACAGAGGUGGCGUCUGGAGGACUGUGAUUGUAAUAAACAUGAAAAUUCAGAGCUCACCAAGAUAUAGAUUCAUUCAGCUGAUUUGUUUUUCAUCAUCUUGAGUAUAUAUUUUAGGAGUUCAGAACACAUGUUCCAUAUUGCACGGUUUAUUUUUGAAGUGUCAAAUAAUAAUGUUGCAGGUGAAAGGAAGCGCCCGGUCCUUGUUCAGGAGUUCAUGUGUAUUCCACUUUCCUGACAUUUUACUUGAUUUCCCGACUCCCUGCAGUCAAUGCUUCAGAUCAGUUGUGUUUAGUUUGAAAAGAGAAUGUGCUAAUGGAUGAGGGGCCACCUUCUCAAAGAGUUUAGUCUUUGAUCAACUCCUAUUUGUUGACCGAGGUAAAACUGCAUAGCAGUUCGAUUCAUUCGUGGUUUCGCUAGUUUAAUAAUUAAUCAAGCUAGUGGUUAAAUCUGGAAUGGGUGAAACUGUUAUGCAAUAGGAAUUUCCAUCUCUGAUUUUACAAAGCUAGAACCAAAUAGCAAAGUGAUAUCAUUCUACUUCUCGUCUUCACUCUCAAUGCCUUUUUGUUUCUCAUUUUGUAACGGUAAUGUGAUUUUUCCUAUAUAAACAAUAGGAGUUAAAUAAAGAAAUUUUUU